GGCCGCCCUGGGAAUCGUCGGCCGCCACCGCCCAGCCCGCACCCGCUGGCCCCCCAGUGCUUGGGCACCUGUUGGAAGCGCAGAGACAGGGGUGCUGCAUGAGGGGCCGCAGGGGCGACCGCAUGACCAUCAACAUUCAGGAGCACAUGGCCAUCAACGUGUGCCCGGGGCCCAUCCGGCCCAUCCGCCAGAUCUCUGACUACUUCCCCCGCCGGGGAACAGGACCCGAAGGGGGUGGUGGGGGCUUCGGAGAGGCCCCUGCUCGUCUGGCCCCCCUGGCCCUGGCACCCCCUGCAGCCCUCCUUGGGGCCACCACACCUGAGGAUGGAGCGGAGGUGGACAGCUAUGACUCGGAUGAUACCACCGCCUUGGGCACGCUGGAGUUUGACCUUCUCUACGACCAGACUUCCUGCACUUUGCACUGUAGUAUCCUCAGGGCCAAGGGCCUCAAGCCCAUGGAUUUCAAUGGCCUGGCUGACCCCUACGUCAAGCUGCACCUGCUGCCUGGAGCCUGCAAGGCCAAUAAGCUAAAAACUAAGACUCAGAGGAACACGCUGAAUCCCGUGUGGAACGAGGACCUGACGUACAGCGGGAUCACGGAUGAUGACAUCACCCACAAGGUGCUCAGGAUCUCUGUCUGUGAUGAAGACAAGCUGAGCCACAACGAGUUCAUCGGGGAGAUCCGUGUACCCCUCCGCCGCCUCAAGCCUUCACAGAAAAAGCAUUUUAACAUCUGCCUUGAGCGCCAGGUCCCGCUGGCUUCACCCUCUUCCAUGUCUGCAGCACUGAGGGGCAUCUCCUGUUACCUGAAGGAGCUGGAGCAGGCGGGGCAGGGGCCUGGGCUGCUGGAAGAGCGCGGGCGCAUCCUGCUGAGCCUGAGCUACAGCUCUCGGCGCCGCGGGCUGCUGGUGGGCAUCGUGCGCUGCGCCCACCUGGCUGCCAUGGACGUCAACGGCUACUCCGACCCCUACGUCAAGACAUACCUGAGGCCGGAUGUGGAUAAGAAAUCCAAGCAUAAAACAUGUGUGAAGAAGAAGACUCUCAACCCGGAAUUUAAUGAGGAGUUCUUCUACGAGAUGGAGCUCUCCACUCUGGCCACCAAGACUCUGGAAGUCACAGUCUGGGACUAUGACAUUGGCAAAUCCAACGACUUCAUCGGUGGCGUAUCCCUGGGGCCAGGCGCCCGGGGGGAGGCCCGGAAGCACUGGAGCGACUGUCUGCAGCAGCCGGACGCGGCCCUGGAGCGCUGGCACGCCUUGACCAGCCAGCUGCCCCCGGCGGCCACAGCCUUGCCCUCCGCCUAA